GCAACAUAGAACGCUUAUAUUUGGACUGCCAAAUUGCAACAUUUGCUUCCUUGCCUGACAUCUCGAAUUUGGGAAAAGAAUUCCGCAUUCUCACUGCCCCUGGAGCGUUCCGCGAUUUGGAUGAACACACGAUUCAGAUGCUCUACCAAGAGUUUUUGAAGAAGGUGAUCCAUGGGAUCUUCCCACAAUCUACUCAGCCCUUAACCUCAAUCGACAUGCAAGCGAAUCUGCUAGUAAGAGCAAAGACUUUGAACGAUAUGCUACGUUUCAUCGUCCAACAUCACGUUGAACCAUCGAGCUUAUCCCAACAUUACAUGGCUCAAAUCCGACAAAUGGCCGAGUUUCCAAAAAUCGAAGCUUUAGAGAAAGUCGUCAUGCUGUAUUCCGAGUCACUUCGCUUAACGUAUCUCAAACUUGCUAGGAAGCUGCUACAACUGCCUGAUCGGAAGUCAGACGCGUUCAAAACACACGGAUGGGCAGUCAUUCAAAAAAACUUUUUGGCGGACAUAUGGCAAAGGGAACGAUUCUCGAUCUUUCAAAUUGGCACAUCUUCAGAAGUCCCGGACGCACGUGGAAAGUCCGUUAUGCUGGCGAACAUACCAAUGUCAAACGACCUGAACCUGAACAUCAACUCGCUUGGGUUGGGCACCCAUCUACCAGAAGUGAUCGACAUUCUUGUGCAAAAAAUUCAAACUAUACAUCAAGAGCUCCAGAAAACUCCUGGUCACACUAAUUCGGAACUCCAAAGAUACAUUUGGUCAAUCAUCCAAUCCCCCAAUGGUUGA